AUGGAGUCUGAACGAGACCUGUGGGCGCUACCAUACUACCAUGGAUUGCUUCCGCGUGAGGACACUGUUGCAAUGCUCAAGGCGAAUGGCGAAUUCCUGCUCCGAAAGAGUGAAGAGAAUGCAGGCGAUGCAAGAACGUUCGUCCUAUCGGUCGUCUACGGCAACGUCAAGCACUAUAUCUUCCGUGAGGAGAAAGGACGCUUCUCCAUCGAUUUCAAAUCAGACAAGGGCUACAAAACAUUGAGGGAUUUUGUCGACAGCCACAUGCAAAGCCGUCAACCUGUCUGCUCGGGGAGUAAUGUCAUCAUCACCAAACCCAUGUCGAGAAAGGAAUGGGAGCUUGCGCAUGCAGACAUUAUCAGUGGAGCAAGGCUGGGAGCAGGCGCAUUUGGCAUCGUAAGACGCGGAGAGCUCAGGAUCAGCAAAACUGAGAAGGCGAAAGUAGCCAUCAAAGAGGCGACACUGACCAAGUGUACAAAGGAGCAGAUAAAGGAGUUCAUGAACGAGGCCCGUAUAAUGCGCAAGUUCAAGCAUCCAAACGUCAUCCAGUCUUAUGGUGUAGCCGUUGGUCAGGAGCCGCUGAUGAUUGUAAUGGAGCUCGCGACAAAUGGUGCACUGAAGGACUAUCUGCAGGAGAUCCAGAGGAGCCCAAGGAGCAAGCUGUACAUGUGUCUUGGAGCCGCUUCUGGUCUCAGCCAUGUUCACGAGAACAAUGUCGUCCACUGCGACAUCGCGGCAAGGAAUUGCCUUUACAGCGAACAAAAGGUCAAAAUUGCUGACUUUGGGCUCGCUCGUGAGCUGCUGCCUGGUGACACGGAAAUCAAGCUCGACAAGGAUCAAAAGCUCCCGAUCAAGUGGUUGGCACCGGAGACGAUGAGGGAUCGGGUCUGCACCAAGAAGUCGGACGUUUGGGCCUUCGGAAUCCUCUGCUGGGAGAUCUUUGCGAACGGCGGUAAUCCCUACCAAAACUUCGGCUCCAAUAACGACGUUGCAAGAAGGGUGAUAAUGGGUGACCGGAUGAAAUUCCCAGACGAAGCGCCGAGGGAAUUCGCUGAAUUCAUAACGGGACAUGUCUGGAAUGGCGAUGCUGACGACAGGUGUGCGAUGCAGGUAGCCCUUCAAUGGUUCGACGACAAUAUGAAGAGGAUCACUGACAGCCAGCGUAGCCGCGUAGAUGACACCAAAGGCAAUAGCAAACCAUCGCGACCAUCUAAAAGGGAAGGAUCGACAGCAAAGGAAAGGAGCGCGAAAGACAAGAGCGGCAAGGAAAAAAAGAAGGGACACCGGAAAGGAUGACGAGAUGAGGAGGCUCCUUGUGAUAUUCGAAUAUAUGUAUUGUGAUUAAUAAGGCUGUGAUUUAUAGGCAAAUGCCUUUUUUUUCUGCGAGCUUGGCAUGAUGUAAUACGUUCAAAAAACGUGUUUUUAGCUUGGUCCGAAGAGUUUAGCAUGACUUUUAUUUUGCCUAUUU